CGCAGGCCUUGCGGGCCCGUUCCUAGCCCCUUCCGGCUGGCGGGCCAGUCCCAGGAGGCCCCGCGCGCCGGUUUCCAGGGCGACGCGUCAGAGCCGGAGGCCGCGGGGUUGGCCCUGCCGCGCGAGUAGCGCUGAACCGAUAACGGCCCAGCCGUCGCCGCGCCCCAGCCGAGCCUCCUGCUAACCUUUCUGAGCCCUCCGGUGUCUCCCGAUCACUCAGUCCGCCCCUGCCCAACUCGGGCUUCGCCGCCUGGCUCUGGAGUUGGUAACGUAGCCGGGUCUUCAGGCCGCUUCCUCUUGCGAACGCGGUCUGAGUCCAAAAGACUGUUCAAUACAUCUGUGUCUCUUUGGCUGUCUUGCAUACAGGGUUUUUUGAAAUACAUUAUUUUCUUAAAAAGAAAUCAAAACAUGUCAAAAAAACACUAUCCUGAAAACUUCAUAAAUACUACAGUGUGAAGACCCCUCCACUCAGGACAUAAAGUUGAUUUUUCAUACAUCUUAGGAACAUCUGGUAAAGAACGCCAGGUUGUUUACUAUGUCAUUGGCUGGUUCAACAGAAGCAAAUCUGGGUGGACAUUUCCCCGGCACAGCCUUCGAAAAUGGUGGGAGUUCCUCAAAAAGGGAGAGCAGCAGCCCAGGUUUUCCCAGGAACAGCGACGCUUCUGACAAGAGUGUUGAAUACAGCAGAUCUCAGUGUUCCUACAGAAGCCCAAGCUCCCACUAUGAUUAUUCGGAAGACUUUCUGUCUGUGUGCUCAGAAACCACAGCUAGAAACAACUACUUAGAGAAGCCUACAGUAAAAGAAAAAAAGGAGAAGAAGUAUAAUGUUUCUAAAAUCUCCCAACUUAAAGUUAACAGGUGGCCCUGUUACAGCGCACCACAGUACUUGGAUUUCACGGGCUUCUUGCCUUUCAUCUCAGCUGAAGAGGCAAGGUUUCAAUCUCCAGUGAAAUGUAACUAUCUGUCUCAGCACCCCAGGAAGAUGGUCUUCGAGUCCGGCCAGAAGGAAAUCUUGGUUAGAAAGAAGCGCAGCUGGAAUGUACCAUUUCUCAGCUCUCAGAUCAGUGUGGCUGCUCAGCGACGUGAUGCCAUGAUCCACCGCAUCCUGUCAGCGAGGCUUCGUAAGAUCAAAGAACUGAAGAAUGAGUUAGCUGAUCUGCACCACAAAGCGGAAGCCACAGUCAUAGAAAACCAAUUUCUGAAACAAGUCCAGCUUAAGCACUUGAAAGCUAUAGGAAACUAUGAGAAUUCACAAAAUAAUCUACCUCAAAUUAUGGCCAAACAUCAGAACGAAGUGAAAAAUUUAAGGCAGCUCCUCAGGAAAUCCCAGGCAAAGGAAAGAGCUAUGUCAAGGAAGCUGAGAGAGAUGGACGGUGAGCUUCUGAGGACAAAAGAUGCCUUGCAGGCAUUGCAGAAGAUUUCUGAAGACAACAGUCUUCCAGAGAGAGAAGAGCUCACUCAGAGGUUGUCCAUUCUUACAGCAAAGAUGGAGGCAAAUGACAAAAAGAUACAGGGCUUGGAGAAACAAUUGAGGCUGAACAAUAAAGCCUUUACUCAGCAGCUGACCUUUGAGAACCGGAAGACCUUAGCAGCUCAGGCUGCCACAAAGACUCUGCAGAUGGAAAUAAAACACCUUCAACAAAAACUUAAGGAGAAGGAUCGAGAGCUCGAAAUUAGAAACAUCUAUUCUAACCGGAUACUCGGAAAUUUACAUGACAAAGAAGAUUAUCCAAAAGUUUCUUCAACGAAGUCAGUACAAGCAGACAGGAAAAGUUUUCCAUUUAUAAGUAUGCGACACCAGGAAACCCAAAAAUCGGAAGAUGUUCCAUCCUGGACAGCUAAGAGCAAAAAGACAACAGGAAACAAUGGUCAUAAAGAAAAAUCUAUUGAAAUAAUCCAUGCAAUGCCUCCCUGUAUCACCAAACUACCAAACCAAGAGGAUUCCAAGAGAAAAUAUGAAGAUUUAUCCAAGGAAGAACAACAUUUGGAAGCACAACCAUCUCUGAAGAAUACUGGACAACAGAGAGACAGAAUAGAAAAUCAAGAAAAGAAGACCACUUUAGUGAAAGAAGAACAGGAACUACCACCAAAAAGAAUUGAAGUAAUCCAUCCCGUAGGGGAAGGUGGUCAGGAAGAUGAUACAGAAAAAUACAAGUUUAAAAGAAGUCCAGAAAUCAGUGACAUGGGUGAUAUGCCAGAUAAAAAUGCUGCUCCACAUAUCAAAAUACCCUUCAGACAAAGAAAGCAUUAUUCAUUCACGGAAGCAAUCGAAAACCUGCAUCACGGGCUUCCCGCCUCAGGUGGGCCGGCCAACGCAGGCAGCACGAGUUACCCUCACAGCACAGGCAAGCACCACAGUCACUCGGAAGAAAUGAAGCUGGAGCACCCUGCCAUCGCCUACGAACCCUCCUUCGCUAAAUCUUACAGAACAAAGGCAAAAGACACAACUUUCAGGGAGAAGAAAAGCAAUCUAAUGGAGGAACUUUUUGGAUCAGACUAUGUCUUAAAAAACAACCAAACAAGUACUACUGUUAUGAAAGAGCCUGAGGAGACUUUGCGGAGUACGAAGAUACAUCAUCUACCCUCUAGCCAGGCGUCCGCCAGCAAUGCUUUUGGAGAUUCUGGAGUAACUGGAGUAAAUUCUAUUAAGUCAUCUUCACCCACAGAAGGAAAGAGAAAGAUAAUUAUUUAAAUAUAAUCAGUAUCCUAACCCACUCUGGCUUUAUGGGCCUUUAGUCUUGUAACUUUAAUGUGUGUGUUUUCAAUACUUAAACUGAUUUUUUAAAAUUAA